AAUGGACUGAGAUUGGAUUCGGAAUAGAAAUAGAAUAGAACUAUGUUGAGUGGAAUAGAGUACUAGAAAUGUUAUUUAUACUUAGAUUGAAAGCUCUACAGCAACAAAAGUUUCCAGAAAGCAAGAUUCCAAAUAAAACAACGGCAUCAGAAGAAAAGAAAAGCCCUGGAAAGAAAGCAAGCACUCAAGCCACUACAGCAACAACAACACCAAACGAGAAAGAACGAAAGAGGAAAGUGGUUGAAGAUGAGGGAAGUGAUGGCAGUGAUGAUGAUGAUGACGAUGAAGAUGAUGAUGACGAAGAAAUAGAGGAAGAUGAUGACGAAGAUGAUGAUGAAGCUGGAGAGGAAGACGAAGGGGGAGAUGAUGAUGAGGAUGAUUCUGAUGAUGAAUCUGGGGACGAGGUAUGUGCACUGAUCUAAAGAUUGUGACCACGGCAGAUGUGGUAAUAAAACCAGAACAUAACUUUCAGACUUAACCCAGAUUUCCUACGCUCAUUCUGCAAAGUCCAAGCCAGGAAAGUCCUUGAAAGUUAAUAGAGAUCCUUGAAAGUCCUGGAAUUUCCUCCAGCUGUGUUGAUACAAUAUCACUUGAAACAUGUUUUCGAUUCGAUUUAUUUGCCUCCACACACGAGACUAUUAUUCAUAUGUAUAAUGAAAAACAUUACUCAUUCUGAUCAAUUCGAGUUGGCUAUGUGAAAGGCUAGUGCGUAGUGAAACAAACUUAUGUGAUGUGCAAGCAUAAAUGAAAGAUGUUCGUAUUCAUCAUUUCGGGAGUCCGGACAUUGAAACACCACUUUCUGUAUAUGAAAACAGGAAAAGGUUAUUUAGCAUUUAUCACCAGUUAUUUUAACAUACUCUGUAGAUACUUUAAUAUUACAUUGGAAAUAUUGUCUAUGUUGUAGGAGAAAGCCGAACCAGAAACUUUAGAAGAGUUCGAAAAACGAAUAAAAAAGCUGGAAAAGGUAAGUACUGUAGAUGAUGAUGAUGGAGGGAGUGGGACGUAACGGACGAUUGAGGCAGGAUGCAUCGGUGGGAGGGGGGGGGGGGGGGUAUCGAAGUGUAGCGGUUCGGGAUCUUAGCUUCUAAACUUGUAAAAAUGGUUGCAUGCCUAGAUGUUUAAAGAUGAUCCCAAGAGUAAGUUCUAGUAGAUUUGGUAAGGGCAAAAAGUGGUGUGCUCCCUGUUGUAGGUGGAGACUGCCCCCACACCAACUUUACCACUUUUUACGUGUUAGUUAAUCUCGCAUCGCAUUCCCAACCAUGAGGUGUAGUACCAUUGAAGCCACAAUAAACAUCACUCUAUGUUUGUUCUUUUCAGAAACAAGUUCAGUUUCGCUCGAAGCUGUUCACAUCCUCUCACUCACUACGAGCCUUGUACUUGGGUCAAGACAGAUUUCGCCGCAUGUACUGGGUCCUGCCUUAUGGAGGAAGCUUGUACAUCGAAGGGAAUGAGAAUGGUGAAACAGGACUGGAGAAUUUCGAUAUGUCUAAACUAAGUGAAGAACAUUCUAACAUUGAUAGUAGGAACUUUGGAGGACAGGGCGUGUUUAGUCCAGGUUUGACUCGAUGUUUAGACGAGAUGAAAGGGCCUACCGGGGAAUUGUCAGGACAAUUCAGAGGUUUCCUUGGAAACCAAAUGGUUGGAGUAGGUGCUGAACCUUCUCCAAUGAAGCUAUUAAUGCAACAUGUUUCCUCACAAGGAAAACCUAGCAAUGAAAGCUCCAGUAGUGGACUCAAAUCUCCAACACAAGACAACAGGAAUCACUUGAUACAGACGUCAAAUAAUUCUACCUCUGCUGGAUUGGAGCAUCAGAACACUACACCAAGCCGAGGGGUAAUAGUAAUGGAAGGCCCAACAGGACCAUGGUUUAAUCUCUUGCCACGUGAACCUUGUGAUAAAAGUACCAUAACAAAUUGCUGGAUGCCGACCAUUAAUACACAACGUACAUCAUUAGAUGGUAGUGUUCAACGGCGACCAGGUAGGCCUAAACAAGCGAAGAUAAGCGAGGGUGAGAGCUCAUCUGGUGUGAAGAAGGAGGAGGAGGCUGUUGAAACAGAUGUAGUAAUGACACCUCAACCUGUGUAUCAAUUACCAUCUUUACCAAGACCACUGACACUGGAUGAAGUACGCCGCAGUGUAAUGGAGUCAUUACGCCAAGAUCCUGCAACUAUACCUAAAGGUUUGUACAUCUUACAGCAGGUAUACUACAAUCAAAUCUAAUAGCUCUUACACUCCAUUAUCUUUAUACUUUAUCACUAAUAGUUUGCACGGCUCCUAUUGAUAGUUGACUUCUGACAGUGUCAUCCUGUUUAAAUAAAGGUUUUACAUUUUAUUACAACAUGCGUUUACUCUAAUAAAUGUACUCGAAUACACGCAAACUCUCCUCAAAGGAAAAGAGGCUUUUUAGAGCUUAAUGGGAACUAGGUUCGGAUUUACCAAUUUUGAACCAUCGACCAUUGUUUCAAUAAUUUCAAAUGCCGCUUUCUAUACUUUCUUACCA